AUGAAGGCUGAGACUCUCGUCCAGCACCACCCUCCUACCCCACCCAAUGCUAGCAUCGAGCUUCAACCAGGCUUUCACCAGAUCGCACCAUACAAUGUCGACCGCAAUUACGCAUACAAUGAACCCCAAUCGCUAGGGACAUAUGGAUCUCCAGGAGCUGCGGUGCCCGAGGGACUCUCCCACCACUCGUCGCAGGUUGACAGUCAGUCUGGCGCAGGAUUUGGAUUAGGUAUCCAAUAUGAUGGAUACAGCGAAGACCCGGCAUACUACCAGGAAGGGCAAUACAACGGGUUGCCGACCGACCAGACGAUGCUCUCGGGAUCACCGCCGACACCGCGAUCCGCGACCGAUCACGACGAUUCCGGUAGACGAACCCGAAGUGGCCGGACUAUUGCACCAUCCAGCUCACCCCCGGAAGCAGAGAAGCCACGCCCCAAAGCCACUCCGAAAUCAAAGAAGUCCAAAGCCGGCAAAAGCGAGAAACCGAAGACGCCGAAGCUGACUGCUCCACUAAGUAUCUUGACGAAAAACAUGACCGCUAUACCGGUCAAAAACAUGGAGGAAUGGGUGAACAGGCCGGCAGAGGUGAGAAGGAGAGAAGUUGAAAAGCGCAAUGGAUACGUGACCAGGCCCAUGAACUCUUUCAUGUUAUACCGGUCCGCGUAUGCCGAACGAACCAAGCAGUGGUGCCUUCAAAACAACCAUCAAGUCGUGUCCUCUGUCUCAGGGGAAAGCUGGCCGCUUGAGCCUCCCGAAAUCCGAGAAUUGUAUAACGAAUACGCGAAGAUCGAAAGAAUCAAUCACCAGAACGCGCACCCGACCUACAAGUUCUCCCCGAGCAAGGCUUCACCGCCGUCGCGUAAGCGGAAAGGGGACUAUUCCGACGAAGAACCAAGCGAUCUCGAUGACGGGGAAUGGAACCCGGGACACGGCAGAUUCAGAACCCGGCACUCCAGACGGCCGGAUAGAAAUCUUGAUCGUCCGACAAACAUCGUGAAUACCGAGUACUUCGACCGCUCGUUCGGGCCGAAUGGUGCUGCUAUGAACAAGUCCAGCUGGGAAAUGACCAACGAAGGAAGGCCUAUGCCUAUGCCGAUGACACAGGGCGACCUCUAUAACCAGUAUUUCCAGACGUCAGUCCAUCCGAAUAUGGGCAUGGGGCCUGGCGUAAUGGAAGACUUGCGGUUUCGGCGAGUCGAUACACCAAUUUCGUCAAUGCAGUUCUCAGCAGGCCAUGCGUUGCUAGGCCUCCCCGGAGGUACCACGGAAGAUCUAAUGCAGCUGCAUUCGCAUGCAAGUACGCCUCUAGGAGAUGAUUCCCAGGUCGACCCAAUGCUUCUGGCGUUCGAUGGUGGCCACCAUCACGACGUGGGGCCUGCCGUAGCGCAGCACCCUGAGUUUCGGAACGGGCAUAUCGGUAUGAUUGAGAGGGAGCUGGGCCAGGACAGCGUCAACAAUCUCCUCGUAGCAGCAGCGGCACACGAAGAGUUCCACCCCGAGGCAUGGCAGCAUGACCCAAACAUGGCCCCGAUGGAGGAAGAGUCGGAAUUCGAGAAAUGGAUGGGCGAUCAUUAG